AUGAAGAAAACAAGGUUAGAUUGGUUGAUUGCCUUUUUUCUAUUUUUUGGAAUAUCAUUAAUAGAAGGUAAAAAUGAAGGAGGUAUAUUAGAAUCAAUCUUGGGAACAACUUUGAAGGAAUUUGAGAAAUCCCUAGUUGAUUCUCAGAAUUUGGAAAAAACAAAUGAUACAAAGAAAUUGAAUGAGACUCAAGUAUUGAGCGAAGCGUACGAGGCGGAUGUAAGUAAGAAUAAGGAUGUACCGUUAGCAACAUCUUCCUUAUCUAAAGCUUAUAAUCCACUAAAACUUGGAGAACUAUUUAUAGUACCAUUAACUUCGGCUGUGGCUGAUAACCAUUACAAUAGCUAUGGUCCAGAUGGGAGAGAUUUAUUUUUACCAGAAAAUGGUAUUAGAAGAGGAAUUAAUCACUGGCUUUCAGAUGGAAAUGCAAUCAAGAAAGAUAUAGUAUACUUUACAGGAAUUCUUUCUGAGCCUAGAACAGUUUCAGGAAUUGUAAUUAACUGGGCUUCUUCUCCAGGGGAAGUUCGUAUUGACGUUUCAAGAGAUGGUAUUACUUUUGAGCAAGCAGUGGAUUGGACCACAAAUAGGUUAUCAUCCAAAGAAUUUGAACAGAAGUUGUAUUUCAAAGAAAAGCCAAUUCGUAUUAUAAGAGUUAGAAUUGGUAUGAGAAACCCUGUUAAUAAAUUCUUUGGAAUUAAUUUCACUGGUCUAUUAGUUGUUGGUGCUCCAGUUGUACAAUUAACAAGUGGUAUAACAUCAAUGACUGAGGAGUUUUGCUGGCAGAUUGAAAAUGGAGACAUUUAUUCAAAGGGUGCAGAGCUUGUAUUAGGAAGUUGUAUUGAGGCAGUGGCUUCUGGAGAUAGUAGAGAAAUUUUUGAGUUUAAUAGCAAGGGCCAAUUAUUUAACCCAGUAAGUAAGUUGUGUGUACAACUUAAGGACAAUAUUGUAGGUGGAGGAGCUUUAGUUUUGGAUGAUUGUCGUAAGGCUAGUGAUGGAAGUGGAUUAUUCGAGUUAAUGCCAAAUAAUCAGCUCAGAUUAGUUAGAGGUGGAAAUCUCUGUUUAACAAGUCCAGGUGAUAAGCCAGGAUUGGCAAAUGUUGCUUUGAACUCUGCAGCAAGUUCCACAAGCGUAAUCAAAUCGAAUAUUGAGAAUGGGCCAGCAAUGGCUGUUGACGGAAAAGAUACAUCAUUCUGGUUAUCAGAGUACUUUACUCUUGAUAAAGAUUCACCAAAUGUUGACUUCAGUAUUGAUAUUGGUUCGGUUACAAAACUCAAAGAUAUCUUUAUUGAGUGGAAAUAUCCUGCUAUUGAUUUUAAUGUUGAUUUAAGUGAAAAUGGAAAAGAAUAUCAAACCCUUAUUUCUGUAAAUAAUAAUGGUUUAAUGUCAACGACUUACUCAUUAGAUGGAAAGAAGGCGAGAUAUAUCAAGAUUCACAUGACAGCCCCAUCUCAAGAUGGAACAGGAAAAUAUGUAUAUGGUAUCAAGCAGGUGAGAAUAUUUAGUAAUACAAUGAGAAGUGCUGUCGAAGACUGUAAUAGCGUUAAACAACAUAAUGAUGGUAGAGACAAAAUAUUCCCAUUACCAUAUAAUGGUGAUAAUUUUGCUCCAGGCCUAUUGUUAAAAGCACAUGGAAAUAGUGUAAAAACUCGACUUAAUGAGUUACAAGAGCUUUCUGGUAAGAUAACCUCGAUAUUACCAAACUUAGAUGCGUGCAGAAAGACCUCAGAUGGAAGAGAUACUACAUUAAAGAUGCAGGCAACCAAAUUGGGAUUUUUGUCCGAGAAGUUAGAGAAAUUAACUUCAGACUACAAUCUUGAAUAUAAGUUUACAAAGCCAGCUUUGGGAGGCUCGGAAUUGUAUCCAGGAGAAGACUGUGUUGCGAUUAAGAAUGACAAGAGCCAGGAAGCCAUUAGUGGUUUUUAUUAUGUUAGACCAUUUUGUUCAACAAAGCCUUUGAGAGUUUAUUGUGAUAUGAAUACUGGAAACACUAUUUAUCCAAUGGAAAUGAGUGUCUAUUCUUCUAGAGCAGCUUCUUCGGCAUGUGCAACAGUUGGAUUAAAACCAUUAUUGUUAAGAGAUAAAAAAGAGUCAGUUGCAGGUAUUAAAAAGAUGUUAAGUAUGAUGAAUAUUAAUGACAACAGAAGAGUUAUUCCUUUGACUCACGAUUUUGGUUGCGACGACCCCAAAGGAUGUAAUUCACAAUUCACUCAAUUAGGUAGUGGUGUUGAGUCAUUUACUGUUAUAUCAAAGGAUUCAAGAGCCUCAAACUCUACAUCUGAAACACUUCCAGAGUUGGUUCUUUGCAGCACAAAUACUAAUUUGAAACAUGAAAGUAACGCAAUUUCUUUGGCUUGCGAAAGCAGAUUUUCUGAUAUGAAAGCACUAAAAUCGUCUCCUCUUUUGACUUCAAUUCUAGUCAAAUGUCCAACGUCAUGUAACCCAGAAAACGGAGGAGUUGUCAUAGGUUCUGACGUAUAUAGGGAUGAUAGCAGCAUUUGUUUAGCGGCAAUGCAUGCUAAUACUCUAAAUAGGUCAACAGGACUCGUUCAGAUUACUCCAAUUGAGGGAUUAGAAAACUAUGGAGCAUCUAGAAGGAAUGGCAUUUCUAGUGUUACUUAUAGUGGAAAGCGUUGGACAAAGAGCUUUGUAACUUCUAAAUAUGAUGGAUUAUGUCCAAAUGAUAGUAGUCUUACAAUGUUGCUUUCAUUUGUAGAAAUGGAGAAUAAAGGAAAUGAAGAUUUGAACAUUACUAGUAACUACACAAUGCCACAAGCAAAGUCUCUUGGAAUGGGAAUAGCUGUGGAUACUUUUGAAGCAAUUAAUAGAAUGGAACGAUAUAUGGAUAAUAUUGGAGGUAUUACUUAUUCUCCAGCAAUGAAAGAGUCUAUUGGAGGUAGUCAAGUUUUGGUCUCAAAAGUAAGAAGUCAGUUAAAACCAACUCAAAUAAUGGAUUAUCACACGAGAACUUCAGCUGAUGAUAUGUUAGUUAGAUUGCAUACAGUUUCAAGUGUUUUAUAUUACCAUAUGGAAGAAAUUUUGGAAACAAUAGUAGAACAAGAAGAUUUAUUAAAUAAAGUACGUGAAUUGAAAUCAACACAAACAGGAUUUGACAACUUCAAGAUGCCAAUCAGUGAUUUUAUUCAGUACGGAAAGAUCUUCGAAUCUUGGGAUACCCCAGGAUUAGUCAAUGGAGUUGGUAACUGGAGAAUUCUUUAUGAACCAAUUGGUGGAGGAGGGAGAAGCGGAGUUUUGGGCCAGACAAGUUCAGUUGGCCCAAAUACCCCAGAUAGGAAUGUAGCCAUUGGAUCCUUCUCAAGAAUUAAAUAUAAGAAAUUCUAUGAUAUUGAUUACCACGUCGAUGUAUAUGUUGAUAGUUAUGAAGGUUCUAUUGGUUUGACAUUCAGAAUGCAAAACUUUGAGAGGUACUAUCUUUUAGAGUUCAACCAAAAUAAAAAUGGUGGAUUUAAAAGAUUGAUUAGAGUUAUGGAUGGUCAAAAGAGUAUUUUAUCUACUAAAUAUGAUGGUGGUUAUGCUACUGGCUCAUGGCAUCAUGUUCGAAUUUUGCUCACUGGCUCAAGAAUUCAGAUCUGGGUAGGAACUGAAGCAAAUUCAGUACAAAAUGAAAAUAAGAAAUACACUAAUCCAGUUAAAGUUUUUGAUUUAUAUGAUAGUACAUUAUUAUCAGGAUCUGUUGGUUUCUUCUCAAGUGCCAUUAAAGGAGGUGGUGUUUACUUUGACAACAUUAACAUUGAAGCAAAACCAUGCACAAAGCCAACAAUGAUUUCAUCAUUAUUGAGACCAAGCACUCCCCCAACAGCUCCAGUUUGUAGCAGUUAUAAAUCUGGCUCUUUCGGAGGCGUACAUAAUGAAUUUAUGUUUGUAGACCCAGAAUUUUCUAAUGAUGGUCCCUCUAACUGGGAGUUCCGUUCAAAUGUUGGAGGUUUACAAACUAGAUCAUUAAUCCAAACAAGUAAUAUUCACAGUAUUAGCUCAGAUAACAUUGGUACACACGCAAUAUUGGGAGGAAACCGUCAAUGUAACUCCGGAGUAUUUGAGUAUUCAUUCUUCCCACAAUGUCCAAAUGGUAUUAUCGGAGGAAUUAUUCACUAUGAAUCUGAAUCAAACUAUGUCAUUUUUGAAAUGGGAUCAUAUUAUUCAAGAAUUAGAGCUAUCAAAGAUGGAGUUAUUAAAACUACAGCAUCUAACGUAUUUGUUGGAUACCAGGUUGGAGUUUGGAAUAACAUUGAGAUUCAAUUUGGCACUCUUGGAACAAAGAUUCUUGCAAGUACCAAUAAUUAUGGUAAGACACAGUUGUUGUAUUCUGGUUCUCCAUUAGGUAUCCAUGACGGUUCUGUUGGUCUUUCGUCUUUCAGGUGUCCAGGAGUUGCUUUCCAGACUAUUCAAUUAAGGCCUUUGUCAACAAUGAAGAGCAUUUCAGGGUUGUUUGUUGAGAAGAAUUCAUCAUCCAAAACAGGGAAAGAAAUCAGCACUCAAGAUAGCGAGAAAAAUACUGCUAGUACUUCUACUAAUACUUUCACCUCUUAUGAAGAUAGUGAAAUGACUUGCCAAGCCGAGCAUACUACUUUGAGAAGGAAGGAUUGUGAGAAGCUUUCAGGAGGAAAACAAUGUGAAGCAAAUUACUGUUCAUAUUGCUGUGAAAACAGUUCAAAUAGGACAUCUAAGGAACAAUUAAAGUGUAAGCAAGAAUGUCACAAAAAGGAUAUUAUAGAUGAACAAAGUAAAAAGGUAUUAGAGAAACUUGGAGAUUGCCACAGUGAAGAUGCUGUCAAAUUGUAUUCUGAAAAGUGUAAUGUUGGUGGAGGAAGAGGCCAAUUCAACAUUAAUAUGCUCAAUGAUGAAUGGACGGAUCAAUUCGUAUGUUUUGUAGAUAUGUGCCAGAUGUGUUGUAAUACUCAACCUUUGGAUGGAUUAACAAAAGAUUCCAAAGCUGAUGAGGCAUCACUAUCAGAAUGCUAUUUGCAGUGCAUUCUCCAAGAUUAUAAAACAAUUUCAAUAUAUAAAAGAGGCAGAAAAUAA